AUGUGGAACUCUUCGAUCGUCCAAGCGGCACUCAUCUUCGCUGUGAUCGUGCUCUACUCGAGCCCUGUCGUGGCGUGGGCUUUCUGUCCGUGAGUUUUUUCGACCGCAGCGCGCGAGGUACCUGCGUCAUCUUUGGUCUUCAUCUGAUUCUUCAAAUUCUCAGCUUUGGAGACAAAGAUGAGCCAAUGGCCAUCUGCUCGGGCUUGUGUCAACUGGGCUGCUACGAACCGAAUUCGGGAACCGCUGAGUGAGUGACCUUCCCGCGCCCCUCCUGAGUUCAGAGCCGGCCCCGAAGGAUCGAUCAAACGCUGACAGACUCACAAUGACGGCUUAGCCCGACGCGCAUCAAAUCCUGCACGGGACAAUACCACCUAUCAAGAUCGGGUGAAGCAGCGGAUGAAUGUACGAAGCAAUGCAAUACGUUUUCGGUGUGCCGGGAAAAGAGGUGAGCCAAUCGUGCCUCUGGCGGGGCCCCCUUCGCCCGAGCUGAAGCUGUUUGUUGAAGGGCCUUGCUGACGUUGCUCUCGAGUCCGACGGCGCACAAAUAGGCAAAACCCGAAAAUCGACCGGGAAUGCCAGACCUGUCGUGACAAGUGUAUAGAUUGGUUCAUUCCUAACCUCAAUAUCACUGGCUAUCAUUGA